AGGCGCGCGCGCACCAUUGUGUGGCUGGACUCGGCCGCCGCUGUGGUGUGAGGUGCGUGUCCGGGCUCUCGCCGUCACCGCACCCGCACCGCGGCUACUGCCGUGCGGUCCGCCGUUCGACCGCCAGCCCUCGGGCCCCUUGCCCGCUGCGGACAUGCCGCGCGUCUACAUAGGACGCCUGAGCUACAACGUCCGGGAGAAGGACAUCCAGCGCUUUUUCAGUGGCUAUGGCCGCCUUCUCGAAAUAGACCUUAAAAAUGGGUACGGCUUCGUGGAGUUCGAGGACUCCCGCGACGCCGACGACGCCGUUUACGAGCUGAACGGCAAGGAGCUGUGUGGCGAGCGCGUGAUCGUGGAGCACGCCCGCGGCCCGCGCCGGGAUCGCGACGGCUACAGCUACGGAAGCCGCAGUGGUGGAGGUGGAUACAGCAGUCGGAGAACCUCUGGCAGAGACAAAUAUGGACCACCUGUACGCACAGAAUUCAGACUUAUUGUAGAAAAUCUUUCUAGUCGUUGCAGUUGGCAAGAUUUAAAGGAUUUUAUGAGACAAGCAGGUGAAGUAACCUAUGCAGAUGCUCACAAAGAACGCACAAAUGAAGGUGUCAUUGAGUUUCGCUCCUACUCUGACAUGAAGCGUGCUUUGGAUAAACUGGAUGGUACAGAAAUCAAUGGGAGAAAUAUUAGACUCAUUGAAGAUAAGCCACGAACAAGCCAUAGGCGGUCUUAUUCUGGAAGCAGAUCUAGGUCACGAUCUAGAAGAAGGUCACGAAGUAGAAGUCGUAGGAGCAGCCGCAGUAGAUCUCGAAGUAUCUCAAAAAGUCGCUCCCGAUCCAGGUCUCGGAGCAAAGGUCGAUCACGGUCUCGUUCCAAAGGCAGGAAAUCUAGAUCAAAAAGCAAAUCUAAACCCAAGUCUGAUCGGGGCUCCCGUUCGCGCUCUCGGAGCAGAUCGAAGGAUGAGUAUGAGAAAUCUCGAAGCAGGUCUCGUUCUCGAUCUCGUUCCCCCAAAGAAAAUGGAAAAGGUGAUAUAAAGUCCAAAUCUAGAUCAAGGAGCCAAUCCCGUUCCAAUUCACCCCUACCUGCUCCACCCUCAAAGGCCCGUUCUGUGUCCCCUCCACCAAAAAGAGCUUCAAGAUCCCAUUCUAGAUCUCGUUCAAAGUCAAGGUCACGAUCCAGAUCAAGUUCCAGAGAUUAACCCAGAACUCUCCACUCUUUGCACACUAUUACGGAACACUUUCCUACUUGCUUAGUCAGUUACUCUUUCAUGUUUCUACUUGGCCUCUUCUGCAAGAAGAAACCUCCCAAAACGGGCACACAGAAAUUGGAUUUGUAGCCAAAUUUGAUGAAAAAGAUGAGGUUCUAAAGAAAUGGCAUGAAGUCAAAGAUCCUCUCCCUUGUUUGUAGAAUUAAGAUAACUUUGAUUUUAUAGCUUUUGAGCUAAAAUAACUUUUGUAAAGAUUAAGCUCAUUUAGAUUUUUUUUUUUUAAAGUAUUUCAGCAGGAUCUGCUGGAGGGGUUUUGUUAUUGUUAUAUUUGUUUGCUUAAUUUUAAAUUAACCUUUUCAGGCUUUGAAUACCUAAGGCUUUAGAGGGAGAACCCAAUUUUCAAUUAUGUUGGCUUUUUAUAAAGCUUGAGUUAUGUAAGAUUUCAAUAAAAGUUUGCUACCAAGA